ACUAGGGUGAGGCGAUACCUCUUCUUCGACACCCGUUUCUUGACGACUCGGAGCAGCCCUUCUCUUGGAGCGAAUUUCUGACAAUCCAGACACUUGUUAACGCUCGCCGCACGUCGACAUUAUUUAAUGAAUAGAUGAGACCUUUUCCCGAUCCAAUGACGUCGAGCGAAACACCUUGAUCCAAAGCGACCAACUCUUCAUAUUUGUCGAUGCUUCCUAUUACUCCUUUGUUCAAUGUCGCCGUCAUCGAGCCCUCCUUUUCGUCACCCUCCAAUGCGAUUGAAACCGUGCAGAGAGCAUACCAUACAGUAUUCGGUCGAGAUACCCCUGCCGAGGACAGGGAAAACUAUCUCCUACUUUUGACACAAGUCUGUUCUACCCCUGGGGUACCUGAUAGCGUCGUUGAAGAACUACGAAAGGUUCUCCCGUCCUUGCCCGACCUCACCUGGCAGAAUGUCGCUCCAGUGGUAGGCCUCAACCCCUCACAAGGAGAAGAACAGCUAUCAGGGACUCGGAAACGUAUACAACUUCUGUACUUUCCCGAUGAAUUCGUGGACGAGCUUCUGGAUACUGCUCGGUGGAGGAAAUACUGGAGUGACAGGCGAGAAUAUGUCCAACUCGGUUCCUUCGCCGUUAAAUACAUACUGAACAAGCUGGGAUUCAGCGACGGACAUAUUCUGGGUGCCUCUGCAUCCAGGUUUGAGCUGAGGAUCCAACAAAACGCUGCGGUUCUCAUGUUGGAAUCUGAGCGAUGGUCUGACCGAACACAGGUGCUUGUUCAGGCUAUUGCCGAAGUGACAUGUCUUGCAGCGUCGAAUAGCCGUCUGGGAUAUUCAUUCCCAAUCCACAUCGUCAUCACAGACCUCUACGAAACGACAUUUUAUACUUACGAUCCUUCCGCCAAAAAGCUCUACAUGCGAAGACACUUCCGAGUUGAGGAUUUCGGGUGCGAACGUGAUAUCGGUGAAGAACAAACGGAGGUUCGGGAAUCCCUGCUUCUACGAAUGAUCGCUGUUCUCACACGGGAUAUCUUCUCUUUGCUGAUGGAAGCAUAUCACGACUACGUCAAGGCAAAGAUACACUUUUGCCCUGAUAUGGAGGACACCAAGGCAUGUGAACGUGCGCUUGAGCUGAUUGAGGAAGCCAAGACGCUCCUGUCGGAUCGACAUGGAACACAGGAGGAGGGAAUGGGUGGAUUUAAAAAACUGAGAACGAGUGUUCUGGUGCUGCCAUGGGGAUGCAUGAGAUUCACCGAAGAGGAAAUGCGCGUGCAGAAUGAAGAGGCUCUCAGAUAUAUGAUUUAAUUUACGUGAUUGGAUCGUCAGAGCAGAGGUCUCACUUGCAGUCAAGUAGCGUUCUCGAGACGGGACUCAGAGUGAGACAUCCUCAACUCAUAGACAGACAUCAUGAUGGGUGACCUUACCCCCGAGUCUACUCCUCCUUUCUUCACUGUCGCCGCCAUCCUACCUUCCUCGUCCGACGACGCAAUCACAAUCCUGCACAGAGCAUACUGUACGGUGUUCAGCAGAAACUUCGUUCCUGCCAGGGACCAUCUCCUGCUUUGGAUAC